GGUAUGGGAGAGAAAUUGCAGAAUGCAGAGGAUAUGAAGGAGGAGAAUGGGGAGCGAAUGAGCGAUGCUGACGUGCUUAUGCGAGCAAAUAGGACAGAAGCAAACAAAUCUUCUAGAGACGCACUCCCGUAUAUAUAUCUUUCGACGACAAUGAUGGCGGCGCCAUCCGCAUUUUUGCUUCCUUGUUCGCCUCGAUUUACCCUUCGUGCCGUAUCCGCCAGCUCUUCUUCUUGUUAACCUUACUGUUCCUCGUCUUUAUAUUCAUCGGAUUUUUGCCGCCUAGGGCUCACCUGGAAAUUCGCAAGCGUUUUUGGCAUGGACAAUAUUUGGAAGAACCGAAGGCUAAAAGCUUUUGCUACGAGUACAACUCAUGGAGAUGUUGUAUUACCAAACCAUAUUAUUCAUUUGGAGGAUGAACCAGAUCAUCUUCUUGUCCUUGUUCAUGGCAUCUUGGCAAGCACAAGUGAUUGGACCUAUGCACAAGCAGAAUUGAAGAGACGGCUGGGAAGAAAGUUUUUGAUUUAUGCAAGUUCUUGCAACACAUAUACCAAAACAUUUACUGGGAUUGAUGGAGCUGGAAAACGACUGGCAGAUGAAGUCAGGCUAGUUGUGGAAAAGGCAGAGAGCCUAAAAAAGAUUUCUUUUAUUGCCCAUUCACUUGGCGGGUUGAUUGCAAGAUAUGCAGUUGCUGUUCUUUAUACUCCGAACAUAUCUAGCAAUCAGUCCCAAGAUAUGGUUGCUUCAAGUGCUGCAAAUGGGAAGCCAGUAUGCUCUUCAAAUAAAGGAUUGAUUGCUGGGCUAGAACCAAUUAAUUUUAUCACCUUGGCUACCCCCCAUCUUGGAGUCAGAGGUAACAAACAGCUUCCAUUUCUCUUUGGAGUACUGAUCUUAGAAAAACUUGCUGCACCAAUGGCCCCCUUUUUUAUUGGGCGAACUGGUAGGCAGCUCUUCCUUACGGAUGGAAAACCAAAUAUGCCGCCUCUUCUAUUGAGAAUGGCAUCGGAUUGUGAAGAUGGGAAAUUUAUAUCCGCACUUGGUGCUUUCACAUGCCGUGCCAUUUAUGCAAACGUGUCUUAUGACCAUAUAGUUGGUUGGCGUACUUCCUCUAUAAGAAGGGAGACGGAGCUUCGCAAGCCCCCUAAACGAUCUUUGGUUGGCUACAAGCAUGUUGUAGAUGUCGAAUAUUGUCCUCCAGUUUCAUCGGAUGGUCCUCAUUUCCCUCCCGAAGCAGCAAAAGCAAAGGAGGCUGCCCAAAAUGAACCCAGCGUGCAGAAUACACUAGAAUACCAUGAAAUCAUGGAAGAGGAAAUGACACGCGGCUUGCAACAAUUAGGGUGGAGGAAAGUCGAUGUUAGCUUCCACUCAGCAUUCUGGCCUUUCUUUGCUCAUAAUAACAUACAUGUGAAGAAUGAAUGGUUUCAUAAUGCUGGAGCUGGAGUCAUUUCUCAUGUUGCAGACAGCAUAAAGCAACAAGAGAAGCUACAAGGAUCCAACACAUUCAUUUCUGCCAACUUGUAAUCCCCUCUAGUUACAGAUGAUAGGACAGGGCUAAUGCUUCGGUCAUAAUAGAUUACGAGGCUUACCGAACUACCUUUGCCCUAACUUAGAGAGAGAAGGCUGAUCGAUCAAGCAGAAUCCGAAUACGACUUUCACUAAACAAGAGCUCUUUACUGCUAAUAAGCUCAUCACAACUUCACAUUCAACAACAGCAAGAAAACGACUCUAAGUAUGGUGACCACGGACUUACUAUAGCACCAACAGCUAGCUUGCUUUCACUUGGUAUCGGAUCUUUCCCAAAUGAAAAAUUUGCCUCUCCACGGGAACUCCUACUACUUAUAGUUAGUCUAUCUACGUCAUUCUUUCUUUAAUAAGUAAAUUUCCUAGGGUCAAGCCUAGUAGAGCUCCUAGUCCGACAAGACUAGCGAGACAAUGUAAUACUUUUUAGUUAAAAUGUAAUAUCUUUUAUGAAUUUAUAAAAAUAUAUUAUAUUUUAACUAAAAAAUAGUACAUGUCUCACAUGAGAUAAUUUUACACA